AUGAGCUUCAUUGUGAAUCAGACGAGGGUCUGAGUGUAAAUUAGAGUAAAUGGAAAUUCGUAAUGAGAGAAUGUGCUUUUCCAGAGAGGAACUGAAGGAGAAGGCGCGUUCGGCGUCCCCAUCGAAGCGGGACUUGUUAAGAGGGGCACUCGGAUUUGUGUGCCGAGCAAGGAGCUAAUUUUCGGGAAAAUCCGGGAUUUUAGUGAUUGUUUGAGAAGAAAUCGGCGGAAAAUGCUCGAAAUGUGUGCAUUUUUGCAGCGAAUUCUGUUGGGAACGAUCUCGUCGGUGCAGAGAAACAACGAGGAGGUCCCGCUGGCGAAGCAGGGCAAAAAAGUGUGCAUCAAGAUCGAAAAUACGACCGGAGAGGCGCCGAGACUCUACGGGCGGCAUUUCACGCACGAGGACCCUCUCGUCGGCAAGGUAACGCUCUUUUAUUCAAAAGUUCAAGGUUUUUGAGAUUUUGAGCUGGAUAACUUGGCGGAAAACGAGAUGCUUCCAUUACUUUUUAGUUUGGCACGUCCUUAAGCUCCUAAGUGUAGAAAAUGGUGGGAAAUUUCUCGAAUCUCUGAAUAGGAAUGACGCCGGUACGCUUCCGAACUUUCUGAAAAAUUUAUCGACUUUUUGACUAAACAAACGAUAAAGCGCCACGAUCUCCCACGGCGCGAAUGAUUUUAAUGGGGCGCACUUGCAACAGGCGGGCUGUGUCGAUAAUUAAUUAAUUAAUGGAAUUCGCUUUCUUUCCAUGUUUUCUGUACAAUACACCUAGUUUUUGUACGCCUAUAACCUGGGUUCGAAUAAUUAGAGCACUAGCUACGUUUUGGUAACAGAAAUCUCGCAUAUCGUUGAGAAUUAGCCGAGUUAUUUCGAUUUGAAGAUUUUGGCCUGGAUUUUGAUCUUUUUCGAAAAGUUUUCGAAAACUGCUUAAGAAAACUAACCGCCGAAACCUGUAUUUUGUGAAGAAAGAUUCAGCGAACAUUUUUAUCGUUCGUUGGGCUCAUGAAAUGCAAAAUGAGCUGAAAUAUAAAGGUUUGAAGUUUUGACGAAAUGCGAAAAAGACGCUAAAAACAUGAAAAACUCUAAUAUCAGUAAAGAACGGUUUCCAAUCAGUAAAAUAUUGUCUUCUAGACGUUUUUCAAGUCAAAAAGAAAGAAAUAAAGGUGGUAAACUCGAAUUGAACUCCAUUUUUAGACUUGCAAAUUUUCAAAAGUUACAACGACACUCCGCAAUUUACGAGCGCACUGUGUUUAGCAUUGGCGCCCUGGAAGGCCGUGAAGCGCAAAAUUACGAGUAUUUUACAGACUUGCAACGGGCCGGGCCGGGCCGGGCCGGGCCGGGCCAAAAUUGGAAAUUUUCCGGCCCGGCCCGGCCCGGCCCGGCCCGGCCCGGUCGGCCCGGGAGGAUGCACCUAAAAAUUCAAAGCGAACUAGAACUUCGAAACGAACAUAAUUUUAUAGACUUAAAAUUUUAUAGACUUAAAAAGGCAAUGUUAUAGCAUAAAAACCUGUUAAAAAAUAGAAAUUGCUGUUUAAAGUCGCAAAAUUUUCACAAAAAUUACGAAAAUUUUCUCAAGAGUGGGCGGAGCUGGGCCGACCGGGCCGGGCCGGGCCGACGAUUUGCUGGCCCGGGAUUUGGCAAGUCUGGUAUUUUAAGAGUUCAAACAGCAAAAUUGAUCUGAAAAUCCGUCAAUCAAAAUGAGGGAAAUGAUUGGGAGUGCAUUUGCAUGCCGAAAAAUGAAUAUUUUGUAGAAAUGUCUCGUGUGCCACGACGACGUCUUUCUCGAAGAUUAGAACGAUCUAGUGGGUCCAAAUGUUCCUUUUUGGUCAUCUAGAGCCAGAAUGGAACCAUUUUGAAGCGAAUUGCUGUUCAGGCCUAUUUUAGUUGCAUUUUCUCGAAGAUUAGGAGGUUCCAGUGAGUCCUAUUGUGCUUUUUGCAAGCAAGGACACGAGUAGAAGCGUUUUGAAGCAAAUUGAGCGAAAAAAAGUUGUUCAAGGAAUUGGAACUUUUUUCCAUUUUUUCACAUUCCCUGAAAAAUGUUUUUUGCUCAAUUUGGCCUAGAACGCUUCUACUGUGUCUGUAGAUGUCACAAAACACGAUGGGACCUUCUGAAACCGUUUGCUUUUCGAGAAAUUUCAACUCAACGUAGUCGCAGAAACAGUGCCAUGAAUCCAAUAGUAAACUUCUAAAUGUGCAUUGAUUGUACUCGAACAAAUACUAUCGUUUUCAAAAAAUCGUCUCAAUAAACCUCUCGCCUCCGGGUGUAAAACCCAUCCGUAUCUGUCACCGUUCUGUGAUGACUGAUUAGCAUAGCAUUUACCAUCUGCUCUGUUUGCCCAACAAAUAUUCACUGAUUUGUAGGUGUCAAUUAGUGUUCCAACUUUUCAUUGCAUUUUAUAUCGUUCUAAUGGGACCUGGGUCCUGUUGUCCUCGCGUCUAGGUACCAGUAAAGCGGUAAAAGAGAAAAGCGGCCGCCGGUGGCAAAUAAACACCCAUCCACAUACUACUGUACAUCAUUUUCGGUUCGUCCUUUUUCGGAAAGUCCCCCCAUUGUUUGCACAGCCGAUGCACCAUCCACUGUUCUGUUUUGCUCAUGGAUCCCAUGAUCUAGCAGCUCAGUUAGUGAUGUGCAGCCAACGCAACUCCUCGUUCAUUUCCAUGUUCCCGCCGGUUACCUAUACGUUCGAAAAUGGUGUCUAUUCGAGUAUUAUCAAUUCGAAUAAUGUGGUCCUUAAGGAUUCCGAGAAUCCGCAUAAUAUUAUGGGUGAGUACUGUACUUUGGGACAACGUACAAUGCAUUAAGCUUGACUUUUUUCAGCCCAAAUACCAUCGGAUUCGAAUCCAACGUCCGCUUCCAAAAAGUACGUGAACCCGUUCGAUCCCGAAGCUACCGUACCCCUUCCGCUCGAGCUCGAAGACCAAUUCGGUCCCUACAGGUUUGUCAGUUUUAGGUAUUGUAGAACAACUUGUUUUUUUAGUUCGUCGGUUUGGAAGCGAAAUGAGCGGGAGAGGUGUCGAGUGAGAAAUGUGAACGAUGGAUACGAGCGGUUGAGGAAGCACUUGCCGGUGCAUGUGGAGUGAGUUCCAAGGGUUACUGUAGAUUGGCAAGCAUUUCUUUUUGAAAGAAAAUGAGUGACUCAAAAACCUUGAAAGAUACAGUAUUUUGCCCGGAGAUUUUUGCAAAAAAAAACUAAUAUUGUCUAUUCAAAGCUGUUUAUCUCGGCUGUCGGUAGAGAUAUCAAAAAGUUUUCAACUGAUAACUUGUUCAGAAAGACAUUUCAUACAUUUUAUUAGUUGACACCUUUUUGAUAUCUCUACCAGCAGCCGAGAUGCGCAGCUUUGAAUUGACAAUAUUGGGGUGUCUUUCUAUUCCAACUAAUCGGAAGAAAAAUUGCGGUUUUCAGUGAGAAACGGAUCUCAAAAGUGGACACGCUUCGGCUGGCGAUUCGCUACAUCCGGCACCUCGACAAUCUGCUGAAAAACCACUUGCACCAGUAUAGUUGCAAGUGUUUCGCCGGAUUUCAAGAGGAAUCCGAGGGCAACAUUGCGAUCGAUAUCAACCAAUUCACCUACACUCUACAAUAG